GGGCAAAGACGGUUCUGCGCGUGCGCCGGCGACCCCUCCCAUCUCGGCUUCUUCCCCCUUGUCCUUCUCCACCUCGGCUGGACCAGUGCUUCCUCCAACUUGGGGGGUGUGGGGGUCCGGGCGGCGCUCGAAGGACCCCCCGGGGCAUCCCGGACGCUGAGCCCGGAGCCGGGAGGCUGCCGAAGCGAAAGUGACCGCGGGGGAGGGGUGAGAUCAACUGCCUAACACCACUUGGGAACCACUCCUUCCUCAUUAAUCCUGUUCCUCAUCUGCCACAUCAUGGCUCUGGCAAAAUAAUCUACCUGCGGAAAAAGACAAAGGAGACAUGAACUUCUACAGUCAAGCUUCCUGACAAGAAGUUGAUGUAUAGAAGGACAGAACUAACAGGAACCAGUGAGCAAAUUUCUGAUAACCGUAGUCGUCUUUUCAUUCUUGGCAAGUGGAAUUUGCCAUCUACAACCACAGAUUCCUAUUGUUUACUUUCAAGUUGAAGACAAGAUCAAAUUCUACAAACCAGACCUCAUCCAAAGCAAAGAGAUAUUUUUCUACUCUUUUGUGGAAAGCAAAGAAAUUACAAUGUCUAAGAAACAAAAUCAAAAGGAUCCAUCAGGAUUCAUUUUUGAUUUGCAGUCCAAUACUGUGCUGGCCCAGGGAGGAACUUUUGAGAACAUGAAAGAGAAGAUCAAUGCAGUACGUGCAAUAGUCCCCAAUCGGAGUAACAAUGAAAUCAUCCUAGUCUUGCAGCAUUUUGAUAAUUGUGUGGACAAAACGGUGCAAGCAUUCAUGGAAGGCAAUGCCAGUGAAGUACUAAAAGAAUGGACAAUAACAGGCAAGAAAAAGAACAAAAAGAAGAAAAGCAAACCAAAACCUUCAGCAGAAGCAAGUAACAAUCUACCAGACGCAAAUAAGCUGACUUCCACUCAAGAGGAGCAGUCUGUAGCUUCUUUGGAUAAAGGUGGGAUUAAUGGUUACCAUGUCAAUGGGGCAGCUAAUGAUACGGAAUCUGUGGACUCUCUCAGUGAAGGCUUGGAGAUACUUUCAAUAGAUGCCAGAGAACUGGAAGAUUCUGAAUCUGCCACACCAGACAUGUCUGAUAGAACAGUGUCUAUGCUGGAGAAUGGUGUUUCUGAUUUUGAGUCCAAGUCUCUGAUCAUGAAUGCCACUCAAACUUCUCAACAGUCUCUGAAACAUGAGUCCAGGAAUCCCACCAAAUCUCUGUCUAGACCCAUCCCAGGCACUCAGUUUUCAAGCCUGGGCUCUCUCUCCACAAUAGAAGACGUUCCACUCUCCUCUACUAACAAAAAACUAGGUUCCAAUAUUGAAAAAUCUGUGAAAGACCUUCAGCGUUGUACAGUUUCUCUUGCACGGUAUCGGGUUGUGGUUAAAGAAGAAAUGGAUGCCUCCAUUAAGAAAAUGAAGCAAGCCUUUGCUGAGCUUCAGAGUUGCCUAAUGGACCGGGAAGUGGCAUUGCUAGCUGAAAUGGACAAAGUAAAAGCUGAAGCAAUGGAAAUAUUACUCAGCCGACAAAAAAAAGCUGAGAUGCUCAAGAAAAUGACUGAUGUGGCAGUUCGAAUGUCAGAGGAACAAUUGGUAGAGCUUAGAGCUGACAUCAAGCACUUUGUUAGUGAACGUAAAUAUGAUGAGGAUCUAGGACGGGUAGCCCGGUUCACAUGUGAUAUUGACACACUGAAGAUGAGCAUUGAUUCAUUUGGACAAGUGUCCCAUCCAAAGAACAGCUACUCAACCAGGUCCCGGUGUAGCUCAGUUACAUCUGUGUCGUUGAGCAGCCCCAGUGAUGCAACUGUUCCCUCCAGUUCCACCUGUGCCUCUGCUCCUAGCCUUACGAACACUAACAAGAAAAACCCACCAGCAGGAGAGAUGCCUGCAGCCAUAGCAAAUCCCAGCAGCCGGUCCUACCAGCCUCACAGAGAGGUGUUACAGGGGAAUAGGAGAGGAGGGCAAGGCUACCGUCCCCAAGGCCAAAGGUCUAAUGGCCCCACAAAUCAAGGGCGACAUGACAACAUGGGUCGUUACCGAAAUGGCUCAUGGUAUCCUUCUGGGCCCAGGUAUCAGAAUGCUCCACAGUCUCCAGGAAACACAAAUGAGCGAGGCCAAGCCCACUCAGCAGGAACCAAUGGAACUGGAACCGUCAUGGAACCAAGCCAGCCCAGCCCCUCAUCCAAAAAGGGGCGUUCAGGCCCAAACACCACUGAGAAUAAGGGGCUCCCUCAGCGCAAGCCCAGGGCCUGCCAGCCUGAAGCAGUGAACUCCUGAGGGGGAUCCCAGUAGGCUUCUUCCUUUAAUGCAAUUCAAAUUGAUAACUGGACUAUAGGAAACUUGUAGUUAGGUUUAAUAACAAAGAGAAGUUUACAUUUAUCAUUUUUGUGCCACUCUAAACAUUUUUUGUCUCUUCCCUCUUCUCCCAUUCCCUCUUCACUUUUUUCAGAAGGGAAGCUGUUUUCUCCCUUGUGUUAUCAAAGUAAGAUGGAUCCAUCUGCUUGGUCAUUUUCAACAGGGAUCAGAGGCAGCUAUUGUUAGGUCUGCCCUUUAAGGCAAGCAACCCCCUUGUCCAACACCCCCUGCCUUCUCAAUUCUCCUUAGAGGCCUAAAUCAUUGAUUCCACUUUCGGGGCUGGAAGUAUGAGGGGUCCAGUCAGACCUGGCCCUGUUGUCUUUCUAGCCCAGGCAGAUGCCACAAAUGCCUCCCAGGGUUUCCUCUGAACAAUAGUAAAAGAGAAACUGUCAUAAAUAUGCACAUGAGGUUAGCAAAAGCUGGGAACACUUCAUUGGUUGGAAGAAGAGGAAUCUCAGGGCACAUUUGGGAAUCUGCCUCGGCUCCCAAUGUGUGCUAGAGACCCAAAUUGGGUUUUCUGUCUUGCUUGGCACUAGAACCUCGCCUGCAAUCUCUUUUCCAAAAAAGCAAAAGCCUUUCUUCCUGUGAUCUUAGAUGAAAAACCAGGAAGCUGAUAGGAAGUCAUACAAGUAAAGUUUAAAAAAAAAAAAAAGAAGAAAAAGUUUCCAUGUUUUAAUGGGGGUGGGGAAUGGUAAUCUUUUUUUCUUCUCCCCCUCUCCUAAAUUUCAUUCUGAUCCUGAACUCAAUUGAUAGCAGCAUAAUUAGCAGUGCUAAUACAAGGUGUUACCCAUCAAAAAUUACUACUGUCACUCUUUAUAGUUGUAUAAAUAAAGACAAUUGCAUAAACGU